AUGGGGAAGAAACAACACAGCAAAGAUCGCAUGUUCAUAACCAAAACGGAGUGGGCCACCGAAUGGGGCGGCGCCAAAUCCAAAAACGCCUCCGUCCCUUUCAAACGCCUCCCCUUCUACUGCUGCGCGGUCACGUUUACGCCGUUUGGGGAUCCGGUGUGCACCAGCGAUGGCACCGUCUUCGACAUUAUGAACAUAAUUCCGUACAUUAGGAAGUUUGGUAAACAUCCUGUUACUGGGGCUCCACUCAAGCAAGAGGAUCUCAUUCCACUUACUUUCCACAAGAAUUCAGAUGGAGAAUAUCAUUGCCCGGUGCUGAAUAAAGUUUUCACUGAAUUUACACACAUAGUUGCUGUAAAGACUACAGGAAAUGUGUUCUGUUAUGAGGCAAUCAAAGAAUUAAACCUCAAAACCAAGAACUGGAAGGAGCUCCUCACCGAUGAACCAUUCACUAGAGAAGACCUCAUAACAAUUCAGAAUCCCAAUGCACUUGACAGCAAGGCUCUCUUGGACUUUGAUCAUGUAAAAAAUAGCUUGAAACUUGAUGAUGAAGAACUAAAAAAGAUGGGUUUGGAUCCAACCCAUGGGAUAAAUGUGAAAGGGGAUAUGAAGCAAAUGCUAGAGGAGCUUGGAACUGAGAAAGCAAGGCAAACCGCCCUUCAUGGGGGAGGUGGCAACAAGGCACAAAAUGAAAGAGCGGCCGCGCUGGCUGCCAUUCUAGCUGCAAGAUCACGCAUUAAAGAGGAAUCUGAGUCAGAUAAGAAUGGAGAGGGUAAAACCGGCCAGACUUUCAGUAUUGUGGAUGCUGCAUCUGCCUCAGUUCAUGGAAGAAGUGCUGCUGCAGCAAAAGCCACAUCAUCUGAUAAAACUGCUGCUCGUAUAGCUAUGCACAUGGCUGGUGAGAGGGCCCCUGUGAAUGCAAAGAUGGUAAAAAGCCGUUUCACCACUGGUGCUGCUUCAAGAUCCUUCACCUCCACCUCUUAUGAUCCUGUCACAAAAAAUGAAUUUGAAUAUAUCAAAGUCGAGAAGAAUCCUACCAAGAAAGGCUAUGUUCAGCUGCACACAACACACGGUGAUUUGAACAUUGAGCUUCAUUGUGAUAUAACUCCCAGGGCAUGUGAGAACUUCAUCACUCUCUGUGAACGUGGCUAUUAUAAUGGGAUAGCUUUUCAUAGAAACAUUCGGAAUUUUAUGAUUCAAGGUGGUGAUCCAACUGGCACUGGGAGUGGGGGAGAAUCUAUAUGGGGAAAACCGUUCAAAGAUGAGCUGAACUCCAAGUUGCUUCACUCUGGAAGGGGUGUUGUUAGCAUGGCAAACAGUGGGCCCCACACAAAUGGGUCCCAAUUUUUUAUCCUAUACAAAUCUGCAAAUCAUUUGAAUUUCAAACAUACAGUUUUUGGUGGAGUUGUUGGUGGCUUGAUGACACUAUCAGCAAUGGAAAAGGUUCCUGUUGAUGACAAUGAUAGGCCCCUGGAAGAGAUUAAAAUAACUGGUGUAACAGUAUUUGUCAAUCCUUACACUGAACCUGAUGCUGAAGAAGAGGAAGAGAAAACCAAAGAUGGGAAGAAUGCCGAGGAUGAAGAAAAUGAUAAGGUUGGGGCAUGGUUUAGCAAUCCAGGUACAGGAACAGCAGAGCCUGGAGAUGUAGGUGGUGGUGUUGGGAAGUACUUGAAGGCAAGGACUGGUCAAGCUGAACAUGCUGCUGCUGACACUGGUUUGCAGGCAAUGACUGUGGCAAAGAAAAGGAAAUUGGGCGGCCCAACUGCAGAAUUUAAGGACUUUUCUGCCUGGUAAGAUUCACCCAAUAUCUUGUAUCAUACCUGCAGACAUGGAAAUGCUAUUUAGCAGUGUCAGCCACCACUGUAACAUACUCACUGGAGGGGGAGAAAAAUCAGAAUCAGGAAGAAGAGCAUUUGGAACUGAUUUGUACAAUACAUAUAUUUAUUUGUAGGUUGUACAAACAGAUGUAAUCAAUCAGAAGUAUUUUGAGAAAUGUUUUGGGCAAAUGCAGAUUUAUUCAUUCAUCCUCCCACAUAGUGAACCUUCAUAUUAUGUAUUGGUGUUUUUGAUCUGAUGGUCAAGGAUCACAAGUCACAUUCACAAUCA